UCCACUCCUCUUUUUCCAGUGUGCUGGGACAACUUACAUCAGCCGAGUGAGUCCUGGUGAAGCUGACGGACAGAAAGGAGGGCAGGGAUCGUAACAUCCAGCCGCCUUGACUCCCCCCUGGAAUAAUCAUCUACUCAUUUUUGAUCAAAUGGUCUGACCAGGAGACAUCUUCAAAGCUGGAAGUCUGCUUCUUUACCCCCGUCCACGAUGAAGCACCUGUCAGACUUUCCCCUCCGUCUCCUCAUCGGCCUCUACCUUUUUGAAGCCGUCUCAUCCCAGGUUAACCCAGGUGUGUGUCGCUACGCUCUGGGGAUGUCAGGGGGGCAGAUAACAGACGAAGACAUAUCUGCAUCCAGCCAGUGGUCUGAAUCCACUGCUGCCAGAUAUGGCAGACUGGACUGUGAGGAGGGCGAUGGCGCCUGGUGCCCAGAGAUAACCGUUGAACCUGACCAUCUGAAGGAGUUCCUCCAGGUCGACCUGCGCUCGCUCUACUUCAUCACCCUUGUGGGCACCCAGGGUCGCCAUGCUGGGGGAAUGGGCAAUGAGUUUGCCCAGAUGUAUAAGAUUAAGUACAGCCGUGAUGGCAGUCGCUGGAUCUCAUGGAGAAACAGACAGGGAAAACAGGUGAUUGAGGGCAACAGGAACACCUAUGAUAUCGCACUCAGGGACCUGCAGCCACCCAUCAUCGCUCGCUUGGUUCGCUUCAUGCCUGUGAUCGACCACUCCAUGAACGUCUGCAUGAGAGUGGAGCUCUAUGGCUGUGAAUGGCUGGACGGUCUAGUUUCAUACAAUUCUCCAGUAGGACAGCAGAUGAGCCUGCCUGCUUACCCUGUUUACCUCAACGACUCUGUCUAUGAUGGAGCCAUCAUCCACAGUAUGACAGAAGGUCUGGGCCUGCUGACUGAUGGAGUGUGUGGUGAAGAUGACUUCACUCUGAGCCACGUCCACAUUGGUUGGCCAGGGUAUGACUAUGUGGGCUGGAACAACAACAGCUUCCCUGAUGGAUUUGUUGAAAUCAUGUUUGAGUUUGACCGUACACGAAACUUUACCUCCAUGAAGGUCCACUGCAACAACAUGUACUCCCAGCAUGUCAAGGCCUUCAGACAGGUGGUGUGUUACUUUCGUUCUGAUCUGGACUGGGAAGCCACUCCACUCUCUUUCAGCCCAGUGAAGGAUGAAAAGAAUCCAAGUGCUCGCUUUGUCACCGUCAACCUGGCCAAUCACAUGGCCAGUGCCAUCAAGUGCCAGUUCUACUUUGCUGAUGCUUGGAUGCUGUUCAGCGAGAUCACCUUCCAGUCAGAUACAGCCAUGUACAACACCACACUGGUUACACCCAAAGCAGUGAUCCCAUUAAACCCACAACCAGGUGUUUCUCCUCGUCCCUCUCCAGAGGACGACCCCACACACAAAGUUGAUGACAGCAACACUCGGAUUCUGAUUGGCUGUUUGGUGGCGAUCAUCUUCAUCCUUGUGGCCAUCAUUGUGAUUAUCUUAUGGAGGCAGGUGUGGCAGAAGAUGAUGGAGAAGGCCUCCCGUCGGAUGCUGGAUGAUGAACUAACUGCUAGCUUGUCAAUACAGAGUGAGACAUUUGUCUACAAUAACAACCAGUCGAGUACGACCAACGAGCAGGAGUCUAGUUCGGCGUACGAGCACAUUUUUCCACUUGGCCCAGACUACCAGGAGCCAUCACGCCUCAUACUUAAGCUGCCAGAGUUUGCACAGAGCUUAGAAGAGCCCGCUUCAACCAGCACAGCAGCUUCCCAAUCCCAGGAUGGCGCUCCUCACUACGCAGAAGCAGACAUCGUCAACUUGCAAGGUGUGACAGGAAGCAACACCUAUGCAAUCCCUGCUGUAACUAUGGACUUGCUAUCUGGGAAGGAUGUUGCUGUGGAGGAGUUCCCUCGAAAACUGCUCAUAUUUAAAGAGAAGCUGGGAGAGGGCCAGUUUGGAGAGGUACAUCUGUGUGAAGCAGAGGGAAUGCAGGAGUUCAUGGAUGAGGACUAUUUGUUUGAUGUUCCUGAGGACCAGCCGGUCUUGGUGGCUGUGAAGAUGCUCCGUUCAGAUGCCAACAAGAAUGCAAGGAAUGACUUCCUUAAAGAGAUAAAGAUCAUGUCACGUUUAAAAGACCCCAACAUCAUCCGCCUGCUGGCUGUGUGCAUCUACAGCGACCCACUUUGUAUGAUUACAGAGUACAUGGAAAAUGGAGACCUCAACCAGUUUUUGUCUCACCACGAACCCGAGGGACAACUUGCUCUUUUCAGCAAGGCUCCCACUGUCAGCUUCAGUAACCUGUGCUACAUGGCCACUCAGAUGGCCUCGGGGAUGAAGUACCUCUCCUCCCUGAAGUUUGUCCACCGAGACUUAGCCACACGGAACUGCUUGGUGGGCAAAAACUACACAAUAAAGAUAGCUGACUUUGGCAUGAGCAGGAACUUGUACAGCGGCGACUACUACCGCAUCCAGGGCCGAGCGGUGCUGCCUAUUCGCUGGAUGUCCUGGGAGAGCAUCCUGCUGGGUAAGUUCACCACAGCGAGCGAUGUUUGGGCCUUUGGCGUGACUCUGUGGGAAGUACUGAACUUCUGUAAGGAGCAGCCGUACUCUCAGCUCACUGACGAGCAGGUGAUAGAAAACACUGGGGAGUUUUUCAGGGACCAGAAACGACAGAUCUACCUGCCUCAACCUGUCCUUUGUCCAGACUCACUUUACCAGAUCAUGCUGAGCUGCUGGAGGAGGAACGCAAAGGAGCGACCCUCCUUCCAGGAAAUACACAAAGCCCUCUUGGAUUUACAGCCUUAAAAUACUCGAAACAUUUCACAAUCUGCUCAAGAGGAGGCAACAAUAGGAGACGCAGUCCAGGUUUAAGCUGUUCAGUUUCAGCAGAGAUGAUGAAUGGAGAUUCUGUCUCGGGAAAGAUGGAUGAAGAGGGACGACGUUGUUUUGGUUUGACUCUGUUUAGCAAAAGAACACAUUUUAUAGACAAAAACUCUAUUAGUGAAAGCACAUCGUCAUUCAAAUAUGAACAGAAGUGAACUGUGGUUGUGUCAGGUGUUGAAGAGACCAAAUUUUUUAUGUAGCAAGUGACAUUUGGCACUUUUGUAACUCUUUGUAAAUUUUAGUUAUUAUUGGUUCACAUUUUUGUAUGUUAGUGUUUGAGAAUCCUCACUGAAGAACUUUGUUGUGUUUUCUUUUGGUGGACUGCUUGAAUGUAGAAGGGAAAAGUGCAGCAAACCAUUAGUUACUGUUAGUUUUGUCAUAUUAUCAGUAUUUCAUCUCAUUUUCAAAGAAAUGGCUGACAUUUAAAGGAUGAAUUUCUGUUUUUCACCCCCUUGCCACUUUCCUACGGUGAUUGAAGUAUAAAUGUGUAUGCAUCUCAAAUAUAAUUUUUUCUGUUAAUAUUUAUAUGUUUAUAUUUGUGUACUCUGGUUAUGUAUUACUGAUGUGCAUGUGUAAUAAUCUGCUUCCUUAACUGGAGUGUCUUCUACGAUUAACUGCAACAAUUGUUCCUGAUUUUCUGACAGAUUUUAUAACCCGCUGCAAACGGUUUGAAGUUUGACCCAAAAUUGUGCUCAGCAGUGUGUUCUCAUGCAAAUUAACGAGACUCUGGGGGGGUGCUCAUCAGACAAGUUUUUGUAAAUUGGUUGAAUGAUGUUAGUUAAAAUAAUUGGAACAAUGUCCAUUUUUUUUUGUUUUAAUUCUUUUUAAACACAGCAUAGUAGAAGAUUUGUUUUUACCUUGUUUUGCUGUAGCCUUCCUCGGAGUACCGCUGAUGUAUGUGACAUUACUUGCUUCUGCCGCCAACAUCGGCAGUGCUCCGAGGAAGGCUACAGCGUUAGCAGAAACUCGUCAGCAAAACGAGGUAAAAACAAAUCUUUUACUGUGCUGUAUUCAAAAAAUAAUGAAAACAAUGGAAGGAAAACGCAGAACAAACGUGUAAGAUGUCAGUGUUCCAUUUUCAGGGCAGAUCAAGUUGAAAAGGAACAACGGAACAGCUCAUCUCUGCAUUCAUUUGGGGUAUUUAUUGAUAGAUUCAGGAUCCUUGAUGUGUCUGCUCUGAGUUUUAACUCUGAGCAUGUUCAUUGAUCCAUUAACCGUCAUGGAUUACCUGAUGAAAGAUGUCUUUAGUAGAAACAGUGAAGAUUUAGAUAAUGAAAUCUCUAAUCCUACAAACAAGUCGAUAAAAAAUGUGAAGCUUUACUAGUGUGAUAGCACCCCGUCAAAGUCCUGUUCUGUUUAGUUUUAUGACUUUUGUACUCCAAAAUUGUGUAUUUUAUUAAUAAAUUUUGAUACGCAAUGUAAACAACUUUUGUUAGAUAAAACAAAUAAAAUGUAAACAGGGAACCGA